AUGGCUCCUUCCGCCCAAAAUGUUCGAAAAACUCGGGCUUCAGACGACUUGAUUAUGGCCACAAACAACAGCUCCAUAGUCUCAAAACGCAGUGUCGAACAUCUUUACUACCCUGACGAACCUCACUACUUUCGGUUUUUUGUCAAAAAGUUCCGGAGAAGGGCGCCUCUCGUCAAUAGAGGUUACCACCUGAGACUUAAAGUCAUCGAUACUCUAGUUCGCCGAUUUCUCGAGAAGCCGUCAACCCGAAAGAAGGUCAUCGUUAAUCUGGGAUGCGGAAGCGACGUUCUGCCGUGGCAGUGCCAAGUGCGCUACCCCGACUCAUGUCGAGAUGUUACUUUCCUUGACGUCGACUACCCAGAUCUCAUCCAGAAGAAGCGGCAGAUAGUACUCGAGACUCCCGAGUUGCAAGAUCUGAUGGGUGCUUGGGAGGUAAAUGACGAUUCCCCAAUCGUCCUCAAGAGCCAGAAGUACUGCCAAGUGGAAUGUGAUCUUCGGCAGCUCUCAGUCUUGCAGAGCUGCCUUGAAGCGCUCUUUGACGUGCCAAAAACCGACUUUAUGUUCGUGGCUGAAGUUUCCAUCACUUACAUGGAUACGGAAGGUGCGAAUGGAGUCAUCGAGUGGGCAGCCACUGUUGGAAAUGCCGAGUUUUGUCUCCUAGAACAAAUCCUACCAGAUGGGCCAGAUCAUCCUUUUGCUCUCACGAUGCUUGGGCACUUCAACAAGAUGAACGCCCCACUCAAAUCAGUCCAUCGAUAUCCCACCGUGGCCAGUCAGGAGAAGCGGUUCGAGUCUCUUGGUUGGCCAUCAGUUGAGAGUUGGACACUCUGGGAGGCUUGGUCUGACAAUCUAUUCAUGACUGCUGAUGAGAGACGAGCCCUCGACGCCGUCGAGCCCUUUGACGAGUUGGAAGAGUUUGCGCUUUUCGCCAGCCAUUACUUCGUUAUCCUUGCCACAACCCCUCGUUCUGAGGCCCAAGGCCAUGUAUCCAAGGUCUUUGGAGAAGUCGACAUCCAAUCUUUUCCCAGUCCGAUGGUCAUGAGCGCCUACGAGUCUACUCGAGGGCACCGCCGGCUUGGCGCCGCAAUGCUCGUCGAGAAGCCCAAUAGCCAUGGUUUCAUCUCCCACAACUUCGGACAGGGGCCAGUUGGACGAAUGAACUCUGAGGAUCUGUAUCAGAUAUCUAGCCAGCCAGUUUCUCCGACCUUGUCUGUAAAGGUGCCAUCUGCCAGGGUGGGCCAGAGCAUUACGGACCUGGGAAGCGCUGGUGUUCUUCUGGCGGGUGGUCGCGCGUCCCCGUCAACAGCGUUUAGGGAUUGUUGGCUUUUCAACAAGCAUCUCGCUGCCUGGGAGCCGACAAAGGAUCUCCCGGUCCCCCUCUUUAGACAUUCCGUGACUCGACUGGGCUCUUCGCCUCUUGCCCUCCUUGCUGGCGGUAGGAAGAACCAUCGUGAGACGUCGGCCGAUUACUUCCUGUUCGAUCCUGCGGUGGGUUGGAAAAAGUGCGAGGUACAGUCUGCGCCGCCUGCACUGUACAGUACUACGUUUGUCUGUACCGGCGAUGUGGGACCUCGAGGUAUCACAGGCUUCCUGACUGGAGGCAGCCUUGAGGAUAGCGUCAUCAACCAGGAAAUUUACACUUGGGAACUGGACCUUUCUGAAGCCGAGCCUGUUCUCUCGUUCCAGCAUCGAACUUCAAACGACGGAAUAGUGUCCAGCACUUUUGCCAGGCUAGGCUCUAUUGUCGUUCAAUCGCUCGGGUACACUCUUGUGCUUGGCGGAGUGAUUAAAGGGGUGCAGCUGCCAUCAACAUACGACAUCCUCGUUCUCAAAGCGACGCGAAGCGACGUAAAUGUGGUAGCCAGGCUUGAUGGCACAGACAGCUCCGGUGUGGUGCGCCCUUUUUUGAUGGGAUCUUCCGUUGUGCUCUAUGGAGAUGGGAAUUUUGCCAUUGUUGGUGGUGGCGCAACAUGCUACGCGAUGGGAACAUUCUGGACUCCGGGGAGUUACAGCUUCCGCUUCGAUCCAAGCCUUCUACCCCAGCAUAGCACAGGGCAAGUAGCCUCACGAUCCGAGCCUGUCAAAUAUGUAGAAACGAUUCAGUUCGUAGAGAACGAGAAGACGCCCGUUAAUUAG